AUGACCACUGUGAAUGGCAAUACUCUCAUCCAGGAUGCUCCUGAACCUAUCGCCAUUGUCUCCGCAGCCUGUCGAUUACCAGGGCAUGUAAACAGCCCACACAAGCUAUGGCAGCUGCUUCAGUCCGGCGGCAUCGCCGUGUCCAAUAUUGUGCCAAAAUCUAGAUUUCGUAGCGAGGGUCAUUUCGACGGGUCGGGUAAACCUGGCACCAUGAAAGCCCUCAGCGGCAUGUUCAUAGAGGACAUUGAUCCCGCCAUCUUCGAUGCCUCGUUUUUCAACCUCACCCGGGCUGAUGCCAUUGCCAUGGAACCCCAGCAACGACAGCUCCUCGAAGUCAUAUAUGAAUGCUUCGAGAAUGGUGGGAUACCGAUUGAGGAGGUAAGCGGGAAACAAAUAGGCUGUUUUGUGGGCAGUAUGAAUGCCGACUAUCACGAUAUGCAAAAUCGAGACCCUGAGCAAAGGACGCUAGGCAUGACCGCUGGAUCGGGUCGUACAAUGCUAAGUAACAGAAUUAGCCACUUUUUCAACCUUCAAGGGGCUAGUGUCACAGUUGAUACGGCAUGCUCUAGCGGGCUUGUGGGAUUAGAUAUAGCGUGCCAGAAUCUCCGAGCGGGGACCCUGGCCGGCGCGGUUGUGGCGGGUGUCAACUUGUGGCUAUCACCGGAACACACCGAAGAAAGGGGAACUAUGCGAGCCGCGUAUUCAUCUAGCGGCAAGUGUCACACCUUUGAUGUCAAGGCUGAUGGCUACUGCAGAGCUGAGGCGGUUAAUGCUGUAUAUCUAAAGCGUCUGUCGGACGCUAUAAGGGACGGGGAUCCUAUCCGCGCAGUGAUCCGCGGGACGGCGAAUAAUAGCAAUGGAUGGACCCAAGGGAUCAACAGUCCUAGCGCCGAAGCUCAAGCUGCUGUGAUCCGUGCCGCCUACAACGAUGCCGGUAUCGAUAGUAGCCGCUACGCUGAGACGGGGUACCUCGAGUGCCAUGGCACAGGGACACCCGCCGGGGAUCCCCUUGAGGUAAAGGGUGCGGCGUCCGUCCUCGCUCAUAUGCGUCCUCAAUCAAAUCCCUUGAUCAUCGGCUCGGUUAAGAGUAAUAUUGGACACUCGGAGCCAGGAGCAGGGCUCUCAGGGCUCAUCAAGGCAAUGCUAGCUGUCGAGGAGGGCAAGAUCCCCGGAAACCCAACAUUUUUCACCCCAAGCCCUAAUAUCGACUUCGACGGCCUGCGAGUACGUGCCACGCGGCCAGGCAUUGCGUGGCCAAGAGAAUUGAACCACUACCGCCGUGCAAGCGUCAAUUCCUUCGGAUUUGGCGGUUCCAAUGCACAUGCCAUAUUGGAUAACGCAGAACACUAUAUUCAACAACACGGGACAUCACUCAAGAUAUCUAGUCCUUAUGUUAGCUCCUAUCUGAAAAUGUCUGACAUGCUAUCCGGAAACCGAGCAUCGAAAACAGCCGCGCAGCGUCCCCAAGUAUUGGUUUUCUCGGCCAAUGAUGACAACUCCUUAAAACGCCAAAUAGAGAUGGUCUCGGCCCAUCUCCUCAAUCCUCGAGUGAAGGUUAAGCUUUCUGAUCUCAGUUAUACACUCUCCAAUCGGCGAUCGCGUCACUUCUGUCGCGCCUUCGUGCUGAGCUACCCGACAAAGACCGGCCAUGCUAGUAAGAUACGAAUGGACUGGGCUCGGUUUGCCAAGAUACGGCAAGAUGCACUGAGAAUUGGCUUCGUGUUCACGGGUCAGGGUGCGCAAUGGUCGCAAAUGGGCGCGGAGCUUGUGAGGAUGUUCCCAGAGACGGCCAAACCAGUACUCGAAGAGUUGGAUGGCGUUCUGCAGGAACUACCAGCAGGCAUCAAACCAGAAUGGUCGCUGCUUGAAGAGCUGACUGAGCCUCGUUCCUCUGAGCACCUUAGCAAGCCAGAGUUCUCACAGCCUCUCGUAACAGCGCUGCAGCUAGCACAAUUAGCCGUACUUGAGUCUUGGAAUGUGCGAGCAGAAGUCGUUGUAGGCCAUUCUUCCGGCGAGAUUGCAGCUGCGUGCAGCGCCGGGCUCAUGACACCCAGGCAGGCUAUUCUUGCCGCGUAUUUCCGAGGACUCGCGAGUAAAGAUGCUAUAGCAACUAGUCCGAAGGGGAUGUUGGCCGUUGGACUGGGUGCAAAGGAUGUGCAGCCAUAUAUUGAUGCCGCGAAGAUCGGUGGGGAAGAUGUAGUUAUUGCUUGCUAUAACAGUCCUGCCAGUGUCACUCUUUCCGGACCAUCCUCAUUGCUGGCAGAACUGGAAGGGACUAUAAAGGCCGAUGGGCACGCUGCACGAAUACUGCGAGUCGAGGUAGCGUACCACUCGCAUUUUAUGAGUAAGAUAGCCAACCGCUACGAGGACUUGCUCGAGGUACACGGCGGGCUUGAGGAUAUCGGCAAAGGUGACUGUAGUUUGAAGAGUAUGGUCUCAUCUGUGACUGAGGAUACAAUCACUAGAGCGGAAGUUUGCAACGCCGCAUACUGGAAGGCGAAUAUGAUGUCGCCCGUCCGAUUCGAGGGGGCAUGCACGAAGAUGGUUACCGAUGAGCGCCUCGCCGCCAACUUCCUCAUCGAACUUGGACCAAGUAAUACGCUUGCAGGACCAAUUUCGCAGAUCGUCAAGGGAGUUAAAAAAGACCACCUCACAUAUACCGCGGCUAACAAACGUGGCCAAGAAGAGAGUUCUCGUGCAAUUUUCGACAUUGCGGGCCAGUUGUUCUUGCACAACGCCGAAUUUUCACUUAGAAACGUGAACAACGAUGAGACCAUAAAGGAGGCGGUGAAGCCGGCAGUUGUCGUCGACCUACCUAACUAUCAGUGGAACCACUCUACCGAAUAUUGGGACGAGUCUUUGGCUAGCAAAAACUGGAGGUUCAAGAAAUUCCCAGCACAUGAUCUGCUCGGUAGCAAAGCCCUUGGGACGCUAUGGCAGAGCCCUUCGUGGUACAAACUGCUCCGUCUGUCAGAUGUGCCCUGGCUGCGGGAUCACCAGAUCGGUUCCGAGAUACUCUUCCCUGCGGCUGGAUAUAUGGCCAUGGCUAUGGAGGCUGUUCGCCAAACCGUCUUCUCGACUGCCACAGAUCAAGACAAGGCUUUUUUGAAAGCAAGGGAUUACCAUUAUUGCCUUCGAGAUGUACGGUUUCCUCGAGGAUUGGUGCUUGAGGACGAUGUUGAGGCCCAUAUCAUGCUCUUGCUGGUUCCCAUGGCAAAAUUGGGCCAAGGAUGGUGGGAAUAUAAAGUAAUGUCUCUCGCAGAAUCGGAUUCAAUAGCAUCAUCAUCGUCUGCCCCAUCCCCUGAAAAAUGGAAUCUCAACUCCACCGGAUUAGUUCGACUGGAGCUGAAUCCCGACGCCCCAUUGCCUCGGGCACCGGAGGGUACCUGCAACUUGCCUUUGGAAAAUCCGACGGCUGGACAGCUGUGGUACAAGUCCAUGAGGGACGCUGGAUACUCGUAUGGUCCCAAAUUUCAGAAACUGUUAGCCGUUGAGGGUUCAGAAGGUAAAACAAGCUCGCGCUCUCUAAUAUCGUUGGAGCCGCCACGAUCCAAGUGGGAACCGCAAUCCGAGUACCCGCUGCACCCGGCGCCUCUCGACAGCUGCUUACAGAGCAUGUUCACCUCGCUCCAUUGUGGCACUCGCAGUAAUUUGGACAAAGUGCUUGUGCCAAGAAGCAUCAAUGAACUGGUUGUCUCUGGACAUACAUGGCGUUCAGGGGAGGCUGUAUCUGUGACCACGUCGAAGAGUGGGUGGGGAGACGCGUCUCUAUACGAUCCCGCCAGUGGAUCGCUAAUUAUGCAUCUCACAGGCCUUUCCUUUUCUCCGAUGAUGGACAGCCGAGAUAGUGUUUAUAUGGCACACAUGUAUACUCAGUUAACGUGGAAGCCUGACUUGAAACACCUAGACACAGAUGAGAAGCUCCAGCAAGCGCUAUCUAGUGUUGCUAACAAUGAUGAAUCUCAUGUCCAAGAGAUUCUAGAUUUAGCAGCACACAAGUCGCCAAACUUGAGGGUUCUGGAAUUCAACCUCGUGCCUGGUAACACAGAAUCUCUGUGGCUUGUGGAUUCAACAGCACGCCCUAUUCGCGCUGCCAUGACUGAAUUCCAUUUUGCUUCCAACAGCGCCGAGACUGUGCUCACCGCCCAAGAGCUGUAUUCAGAAUGGCCAGCGGGGCGGGGUGCACGCUUCAGUGUGCUUGACCCCUUCAGCAAAACCUUCUCCCUACCAAUGGGGAGUUCCAAGUUUGAUCUUGUGGUAAUCAGGUGGUCUCAGCACGGUUCCACUCGCGGACUCGAUACUUUAGCCAGCAACUUGCCUCGUCUUCUUUCCAAAGGCGGCAAUUUGAUUCUCUAUGAUGCCGAACAGCCCGGUCCAUCAGAAAGCAAAGGAUUAGUGAACGGAAAUAACCCCGUCCACGCCUUGGAACGGCUGAAUAUCACUAAAAUUCGCCAGACGGUAACCGGAAGCUCCAUCGUUGCAGAAGUUGGCACUGGACAGAUUGACUCGCCCAACGACGACAAGGGAGUCGUUCUGGUGCAUUUCUCGCCCGAGUGCUCAACAGCGAUUUCGAAAAUAGCUUCACAGCUUCGAACAGGUGGCUGGGACCUCACCGAGCUUUACAUUGAUGGCAAAUCAGGUCCUGGGCUUGCGGCACUACCCUCCAGAUCUACUGUGCUGGUUCUCGACGAAAUUGUUCGGCCUCUACUCGCCACCGCAACUGAAGUGGAAUGGACGGGUCUUCAGACUGUGAUAGACAAAGAGUGCGACUUGCUGUGGGUGACGCAAGGCGCGCAAAUAAAGCCCACUGUGCCACUCAACGCCGUUGCCCAUGGCAUCUUCCGUACCGUCCGCGUGGAGAUACCCAUGAUUCGCAUCGUGACUCUGGACGUCGAGUCUGCUGCCACAGAAAGCUUAACCACCAACAUCAAUGCCAUCGAUGUGGGCUUAAGAGAACUCAAAUCAAUGAGGACCAGUUCCCUCCCAGCGGAGGGCGAGAUCGCUGAACGUCACGGCCUGCUACAUCUCAGCCGGGUACUACCUGACGAAGGGGUAAAUAAACGCAAGGCCGAAGACAACUCAGGGGGUCCACCGCCCGUCAUGACCGAUUUUCACCACUCCAAGACGACAAUCCGCGUGGUCACCGACCGGCCGGGCAGUUUGGAGGCAUUGCAUUUUGCAGAGGAUGAACUGGGCGGAUCCGAGGCGCAAGUAAUGGGGCCAGAUCAGAUCGUGGUGGAGCUCUUCGCCUCCGGUUGCAAUUACCAAGACGUGGUGGAUGCGAAUUCGAAGUCGAAGUCGGAGAGACGCGGCUACGAGGGCGCUGGCGUGGUCGUCCGUGUAGGCGACGCUGUUCCUGCUGCGAGUGUCGCCCACCGCGUCGGCCAGCGCGUGGCAGUGUUCGGCCAGGGCUGCUUCGCCAACCGCGUCGCCGUCUCGCCCAAAGCUUGCUUCGCCGUGCCUGAUGAUAUUCCCUUCCAGGACGCAGCGACAUUGCCAGUCGCCUUUCUGACGGCCAUAUACGCCCUCCGUCACCUGGCGCGUUUGCAGAAGGGCCAGCGUGUGUUGAUCCAUUCGGCUUGCGUAGACGUCGGGGUCGCGUGCAUCCGGCUCAGCCAGCGCUUGAACUGUGAUAUCUUUGCGACCGUGGACAGCCCAGAACAGCGCCAGUUCCUGGCCAACGAGGUGGGAUUGCCGGAGGAUCGUAUUCUCUCGUCCGAACCUACAGCUCUCCCUCGCGUAGCGCGUGAGGCCACUAGGGGCCAUGGCCUUGAUGUUAUUAUCAGCCAGUCUACAAAUGCUAACCUAGACUAUGAGAACUCGCGGUUGCUUGCUCCGGGUGGGACGCUCGUUCGGAUAGCAAAUGGGGGCGCCGAUGCUGGCAAUUUGCUGUCCACGGACUCGUUUGCUGCGAAUUGUUCUUUCCAGAGCUUAGAUAUAACAACUUUGCCACUAGAGACCAUCGCAUCAGUUUUAACAGAGCUGUCUCAGCUCAUCGCAGGAGGCUACAUCGAGCCAAUAUCACCAUGCAAAGCUCUGGGAUACGGGGAGAUCCCCGAGGCUUUACGACUGAUUCGAGAAGGAAAUCAGAUUGGAAAGAUUGUUAUUUCGGACGACCUGGGCACGAAGCUUGCUGUUUCGACCCGGCCCGCAACAUACUCGGUAAAGUCGCUUCUCAAUCCUAAUCAGGCUUAUCUCUUUGUGGGAGGUUUGAAAGGUAUCUGUGGUAGCCUUGCCAUCCAUCUGGCUUCCCAGGGGGCUAAGCACAUUGCCAUCAUGUCCCGCAGCGGCUAUCAAGACAAUGUGUCGCAGAGCAUUGCUCGCAACAUUAGAGCCCUGGGUUGUUCUCUUGACUUGAUUCAAGGCGACGUCAACUCGGUCAGCGAUGUAAGGCGCUGCUUCGCUGAAAUUUCAGUCCCCGUUGGUGGAAUCAUCCAAGGCGCCGCCGUAUUCAGGGACCGAACCUUUGAAUCCAUGUCCCACGCGGACUACCACGCGGCGUUAUCAUGCAAGGUGACAGGCACGUCUAAUCUGCACUUCAUCUCCAUUGAGACAAAGCAACCAAUUACAUUCUUUACCAUGCUAUCCUCCAUCUCCGGUGUGGUAGGCCAAAAGGGGCAGUCCAACUACGCUGGGGGUAAUGCAUUCGAGGACGCCUUUGCGGAGUACCGCCGCUCCUCAGGGUUGCCCGCUAUCAGCAUCGAUCUCGGACCUAUAGAAGAUGUUGGCGUCAUGUACGGCAACGAUGAUCUACAGAGCAGGUUCGAUGGCAGCACGUUGUUUGGAAUCAACGAGGGCUUGUUGCGCCGAAUCUUCGACUAUUCUUUCCUGCAGCAACACCCAGUCCCCCACCACCGGCUCAACCACGCCAGCCAUGGCCAGAUGAUAACCAGUCUGGUCGUUCCCCAGCCGGAAGAUAGCGAGCUGCUCGGAGAUGUGCGUUUCAAGGCCUUACGCGUACUCAGUGCGGAUCGCUCACGUUCGCGAGGGAAUUCUGGCAAAGAUAAUGAGGUCCAGAUCUUGUUGCAACUCACACAAUCCAGCGAUCCUGAUCGUGCAGCCGUGCGGUCGGCAGCUGUCACGGCUGUGGGUGCGCGGUUAGCAAAGCAGCUACGCUUAACCGUUGCGCUAGAUCCAGCACGACCCCUAUUGCAGUACGGCAUGGACUCGCUUGCGGCGGUAGAGCUACGGAACUGGGUGCGUAUGAUAUUGGGAGUAGAGCUCACUACACUUGAUGUGGCCAACGCGGCAAGUUUGGGAGAGCUGUGUGAUAAAGUGACGGGGAAAAUGAGGAUUUCUUGCGUAGCAUAUGGAGACGCAUAUGGAGAUAUUGAGGCAGAAGAUACGCUAGUCCUAAACAAGUCUACACUCCGAAGAUCGACGAGCGCAACAUCCGAAUACAUAGUAGCCACUCAGGAUGCAGCUAGCGUAUUCGCCGCAUCUACAACUAUGAACGGACUUCGAAAUUUCUAG